AUGAAGUUCGACCGCCCAAGGCUCCGUGUAGCCCAGGAGAAGUCGGCCUUUGCAGACGGCUCUUCACGAUGGACCAAUCGCGACCUCGACCCGAUUCCGCUUCAUCGGAGGAAAUGGGGUGUCACCAGUCUUGUUGCCUACUGGAUAUCGGACGCAUUCAAUGCCGCGACGUGGGAAUUCGCCAGCGGCAUCAUUGCCGUCGGUCUAACCUACCGCGAAUCUCUUGUCAUCGUUGCCGUCUCUUUCCUUAUUAUCUCCAUCGUCAUCUCCGCCAACGGGGCCAUCGGCGCUAUAUACCACUCUCCUUUCCCCGUGCUGGCCCGAGCAAGCUGGGGUUUCUGGGGUUCCUAUGUCGCCAUCAUAUCGCGGAUCAUUCUGGCAAUAUUCUGGUUUGCCAUCCAAACGGUGAAUGGCAGCAAUUCGGUCACGGUGAUGAUCGGCGCGAUCUGGCCAAGUUAUCUGCGCCUGAAAAACGACAUCCCUGCAGACCAAGGGAUCACCACCAACGGCAUGGUCAGCUUUGUGAUCUUCUGGAUCAUCCAGUUCCCCUUCCUAUGCGCGCAUCCAAACAAGCUCCGCUGGCUGUUCAUGGCGAAAUCCAUCAUCGUUCCAAUUGCUUGGAUUGCCAUUUUGAUCUGGGCCUUCGUGGCGGAGGGCGGCGGUAAGAUCUUUGAGCAGAAGGCAACGGUAUCAGGUUCUCAAUAUAGCUGGUUAUGGCUCGCCAGUCUGACUUCGACGAUUGGCAAUUAUGCAACGCUCAGCGUCAAUCAGUCGGACUUCUCUCGGUACUCUCGUGUCAGCGUCAAGUGGCAACUGCUGUAUAUCCCGAUGUUGCCGAUUAUCUUCACCUUUAUCGCUUUCAUCGGUGUCGCAGCCUCAUCUGCCGGCCAAGCCAGAUAUAACCUGGCCGAGAUCCCAUGGGAUCCCAACGUCUUGAUCAGCCACUGGAGCAGUCGGGCAUGCCGCUUCUUUGGUGCCUUUUCCUUCGCCCUGGCAUCUCUGGGCGUCAACAUCUCGGCUAACUCGCUCUCCGCCGCCAACGACUUUGCUGCGCUUGUACCGCGAUAUCUCAACAUCCGCCGCGGACAGAUUCUGUGCGCCAUUCUGGCGUGGUGUCUUGUGCCGUGGAAGAUCCUCGAGUCCGCAGGGAGUUUCCUGAAUUUCAUGUCCGCAUAUGCCGUGUUCCUCGGGCCCAUUGCGGGGAUCAUGGCUUUCGACUUCUGGCUAGUCAAGAAACGAAAAUACGACUCGUUAGCUCUGUACCAUCCCGACGGCAUCUAUCGAUACUCGUUUGGUGGAGUCAACUGGCGUGCCAUUGUUGCGUUCAUCUGCGGCGUGGUGCCCAGCAUCCCGGGCCUGAUCAACUCGGUCAACAGCAGCAUCGACGUCGGCGUCGGCGUCCACCCGUACCAAUUCGGCUGGCUGCUAGGUUUUGUCGGCACCAGCUUGGUGUAUCUUCUCCUUUCGUACAUCUUCCCUGCCACAGAAACGCUCAUUGACCGUGCGGUUCUGCCUGAUGAAAUUUACGACGGCCGCGCAACUGUCGUGGAGGGCGUGGAGCCAGACUCGCAGCUGGCAGGAAGCGACGAAGAGAAGAAUGCCAUGCGAGCUGGGAGAGAUGCAGAUAGCCAAGAAAAGAGUGGGUUCAAGAAAUUCGUUACAAAUCUGGAUCGAUUUCUAUAG